AUGAAUACAGAUAAUACAGCAAAUACCAGCACUUCCCAACCUACUAGUGAAUUAGUCGACCUCACAUCAACACCACUUGUCGAUCCACACAACCACGAGUUUAAUGCUGCUACAACCCUACAACAGACGAAACAGACCGACCAAAGCACAGCUGUGCAGCAAG